UUGAAAGAAUUACGUCCUAUAAGCUACAGCCGCACACGCGUUCCUGUGAGUACCACUCUAUCGCGAAUUACUCUACCGUGUCGCCACAAAACACUUUGGUAUGGAUGCUAUUAAAUCAGCGGGAAGAGCAAUAAUCAAAAGUCCCGGAGUUCCGCGACACACAUGGGGAACAUCCAAGCAUGAAAAGCUCCCAGAGAACUGGACAGAUACCAAAGAGACACUUCUGGAGGGUAUGGUGUUCAAUGUGAAGUAUCUGGGCAUGACGCUGGUGGACCAGCCUAAAGGAGAGGACAUGGCCGCUGCAGCCAUCAGGAGAAUUAUUACCACAGCUCGUGCCAGCGCAAAGAAGUUCCGGAAGGUGACUCUAACUGUCACACCCAAGGGAAUAGUCAUCACAGACACGGAGACUAAUGACCUUAUCGAGAAUGUUUCCAUUUACAGAAUCUCCUAUUGUACAGCUGAUAAAGUUCAAGAUAAAGUGUUUGCCUAUGUCUCCCAGAGUCACUUUAAUGAGACUCUUGAGUUCCAUGCUUUCCUCUGCCAAAAGAAGAAAAUAGCUCAAGCCGUCACACUGACUGUGGCACAAGCAUUUAAAGUGGCUCUGGAUCUGUGGGAGGUCGCCCAGGAGGAUAAGAAGGCACGCACCUGCUGUUCCUGUGAGGUCGCAGACUCUCAAGUGGAAACGAAGCCCCACUGUGCGGCUGAGUCGGGGAACAGCCGAACUCAGAGCAUGGGGCACAAAUUAAGGAAGCCUUUCUUCUCCUUCCAUGCACCAUCACCAUGCAACAAUCCAGUCAGGAGAAAGCCAGUCAAACACAAUUCCUGGGAUACUGAAGAUGGCCUAGAUGAUGCAUUUUCAAGCAAUAUGGAGAUGGAAGAAAUGGACACAGACUGGCAAACUCCCGCUCCAGAGUAUCAUCAGAGGAGGCAGCUCUGAGUCCAGUAGAGGAGGACCUGAUGUCACUCAGCAGUGAUGACUCAGACUGAGCCGUUCCUUUAUUUCUCUCCUGUCAGACUGUCCAGUACACAUCCAAUUCUCAUGGCACUUCAACUACCAAGUACUGUGUAUCCUUUAAGUGCCCUCUGGACUGCAGAGGCGCCCAACACCAAAACUUAAUUUACAAUAUACUGUGCUUCAUUUCCAAAAAGAAAACAACUAAAACAAUACAGUUUAGAAAGCAGCAAUAAAUUAUAUUCUUCAAUGGUUUAUAUGCCCUCAGAUUCCCAAAACAUAAAUAAUAUUAGAAGCAAUUUGGAGUGUUGUUUUUUUUUUUUUUUUGCGUUCAGCUUUAUGAUAUCAAGAUAGUGUGUUUGAGCCUUUCAGAGCAUGUGGCUUGAUACAAAAAUUUAGAUAGUAUUUCCAUAUGAAAAUGUUUUAGCAGAACUGAAAAAAGUGCUGUUUAUGCCUACUUGUUUUCACAUGGCCUUUCCAAAGUCUUUGCUAAAACAGUAAAGAAACCAUGUUUAUCUGGAGGUCCAGAUGUAUUGCUCACAUACACAAAGCAGUGUAGCUGGGGUGACACAAAUGACAGAAGGGAAAAUUUAUGCUUUUUGACAUGUGGACUCAUUAUAACGCAUACCUUGAAGUUCACCUGUACCUCAAACAUGUUUUUGAGCAAACUUUUUUUUUUUACUUUCAUCUAAUGCACUCUUUUCUUGUAAAAGCUUAAAAUGGUACCCUUGGAUGGUACCUACUAUCCUGCACAGGGUUUUCAGCACAGUGAUGUAAUGUAAUUUAGUGUAAUCAUUUUGAUGUCUUCUCUUUUUUUUUUAAUACCGUUUGGGUUGAGGCAACCUCAUGGUUUAAUACAAAAUGCAAAGCUCUUUUCUCUCUCAGUCUGCUGUUCAGUGACAUACUUACUGAGUAAAAAUGUAAACAAACAUACAAACAAACAAACAAAAACCACACUCACAAGGAAUUGUCAAAAUGGGCCUAUCUGUCAAGAAGUGUGAACAUUCCCUUCAAACCUACAGCUGCUAAAACUCAGCUGUUUAAAUCCACCUUGUCUGAGGAUGGGCAAUAUUGUUUUGUCAAAACAAACCUGUAUUAUAGAAUCUCAACCAAACAGUCAGGCACAUCAGUUCUGUGUCUGAUCACUGGAACAGAGGUACUUGAUUAUCGGACUAAACAGGGUAAUCCACACAGCAGUAAAGGCCUGGUCACUGUGGCAAAGACAAGGUCAUGCUUUCAAAUGUAAACAAAGUCCAGUUCAGGCGUGACGGUCAAAAAUCAUGUCUGAGAAAACUACCUGUAAUUAAUAAUGUAUUAUCAUCAUGUUAACAGCUGUAUGGUUCUCUUAUGUAUAUUGUAAUGUAUUGCAUCAGGGUUUCUCAAUACUGUAGUAGUUUUGAAUCUGUUUUUUUGUUGUCAUAUUGUAUCAGCUUGUGAAGAAAAAUUAUGUGGGUUUGUAUUUCCCCAUAAAACACUUCUAGAAGGAGUCAUUUUUUAACAGUCUGACAGAUACCAAAACAUACAACUUAAAUGCUUUUGUUCUUCCACAGAUUGAGUAAGUACAGUCAAUCAUGUUUUUUUUUUUUAGAUUAAUAUGGUAUCCUUUCUUUCCCCACCAAUUGUCUAUGUAAGUCAUAAUGGCAGUUAGGAAAUUGUUUUGAUUAAUCUUGACAGCGAUGAACUGAGCUGACAUUUCACACUGUCUGGAAUUUGACGGAAUUCUUGUUCGACCACAAUAGCACAAGAGUUUCAAUGGCAAAUCUUAAAGGUACAUUUCACAUGCCCUCUGUCAGAAAUCACUCCGUUAUUCUGUCUCUCCAAAGAUCAGACAAUACAAACUGUGAAUGUCUCCUCCUCAUAUUCAGAAUACAUACUCUCUAACUCAGUUAUUAGAUUACUGUAAUUUUUCACAGUCACUCUAAAUUCUCAUUUGGUGUCGGUGCGCAGUAUCCAAAGGAAAAACAGAAUGUAUCAGAAUGUCGUGGAGCCGUAUAUAAUUGCUUUUUUUGUUGGAGGAGCUUGAGUUUACAUUUUAGGAGCUUCAGAAACACAGCAAAUUUUGAUCAAGUUUGACUAUUACAGUCUCAGUUUGUUGUUGUUUAGGUUCAAGUAUUGGUAUUUUGCUGUUCAUGUCCUGUGAUCUUUGGGAUCAAUCAUGGAAAGUACAGUUUUUGUCCACCACAUAACCGUCAGAUAUCGGUAUCUGAAAUGAGCAUUACAGCCACUUGACUACAGUAUGUUGUCAGUGGCUAAUGGAGUUUUUAAAGCAAUAAUUAGGACAGCGGAGUGCAGUGGGCUGAUUGUUUAACGUGUUGUUUGAAAAGUGGUAUUGGUAUUGACCUCUUGGUGUAAGAGGACAGACUCACCCAUUAAAAACUAAAGACCCUUGUUAUGUGUAGGAUUUUAUUGUUUAUUGUAAUAGGAACACUCAUUAUCCCAUUAGUUUUAAAAUUUUGUGCACAUUUAGAUGAUGAUUCUCUAAAUCAAAACUAGCCAACUGAAAACUGAUUAUGCCACAUAAUGUGGAUAUAGAAGACACAUAAAAUUUGAAAAUAUUCAGACAAGAAUUUAGGGAUCUUUGGCGAAUUCCACCAUUUCUCUCUGAUCAUUUUUGGCAGUAACACAGUAGAUUCUUUGUGUAGCUAAUUUGCCAGAGGUCUGACUUCAUUUUGUUUAAUUAUUAUAAAAUAUUGAAAUAUGGUGCUUACAAAUCUAUGCAAUAUUCUGGUUUCUAUGAAAAGACAUUCUCACGAGAGAUCACCACCAGCAAGUUCUGCGGGAUUUAAGAAAUCAGUUGUUUUAAAGAAAUUGUUCAGAUUUGUGUUAUGUAAUAAAUUAAUUUGUUCUGAACGAGACAGUGAUUUUUUACAUUGUACAUGUUAUAUUAAUAUAUCUGAGCCAUUCAUUAAAAAAUCUUUAAUAAAGUUAGACCCACUGAUAUAUAGUUUGAAACAAUUUGAAUCAUUUUCAUUGUAUGCUUAUUAAAGAGAUGAUGAUA